CCUUAGUCUGUGCUCGCCUGUGUAAUCUGUGACGUGAAUUUGACGCAUCGUUUUGUCUGCGUUGUUUUCAUAUUAUAGAAAUUUAAUUAUUUUGUAAAUUGUACAUUAAACUUAACAAAUUAAUUGGAUAAACAUUAGUUUAAGGUGUACCUUAAAUAAAUAAAUAUGGCUGAUGUUCUUGACAUAGAAAAUUCAGAAGAAUUCGAAGUCGAUGAAGAUGGUGAACAGGGAAUCGCCAGACUGAAGGAAAAGGCGCGAAAACGCAAAGGACGAGGCUUUGGCAAUGAAGGUGGGGGUGGUGGAGCAUCGGAGCGAGGGAAUAGAGGAAGGUAUGACAGCUUAGCUCCAGAGGGCGAUGGCAAUACACCUGGACCUCAGAGGUCAGUCGAAGGUUGGAUUCUCUUUGUGAGCAAUGUCCAUGAGGAGGCUCAAGAAGAAGAUAUUCAGAACCAAUUCUCCGAGUUUGGCGAAAUUAAGAAUAUCCAUUUGAACCUGGACCGGCGCACCGGUUUCCUGAAGGGCUACGCUCUCGUCGAGUACGAGACAUAUAAACAGGCUGCUAGUGCCCGCGAGGCGCUAGACGGCGCAGACAUUCUCGGCCAGUCGAUAUCGGUCGACUGGUGCUUCGUCAAAGGGCCCACUAAAUCCCACAAGAAGAGACGAUAAUGUAUUAAAAAUACUCUAUACAGUGUUAUGUCUACCACUUUAUAAUUACACUUAUUUAUUGCAAUGCAAUUUUUAACGCUUCGUAGAACAGUUAUUUUGUACCGAUUUUGUUUCAGCGUUCGUUCAUACUCAGUGAUUUAGUUCUAUAAUGGACAAUGAAUUCAGUUGACUUGUGUAUAAGACUUAAAACUGCACAACAAGUGAUAUCUUUGUCUAAUCACGAAUGAAAGAAAAAGAUAGUAUUAAAUUAUAAUAUAUUCAGUUAUGCAAUAUGGUGGUCUAAAUUGACUGCUUUUAUUACGCACAAUUGAACUAAAACGAUUUACAUUAACAGAAUCUAUAAACGAUAAUAUUCAAAUUGUAGAAAUAUUAGAAGAAUCCAGUUACUAGAUUUUGCGGAUUCCAGGAAAGAACUGACCAGUAAUCAACAGUUUUCUGUUAAUAAUAAACUGCAAAUCGUUUUACGCAACAAUUCAAUGUAUUAUAGUUAUUUGAGACCAUCAUAAUUGUCUGUUAUGUCUAUGGUACUGCUCAUGUCUAUAGGCAACGGUUACCACUUUCCAUCAGGUGGGCCGUUAGCUUGUUUGCCAUUCUAAGUCGUAUAAAAAAAAAGACGGAUGAGAUUGAAAUGAAUAUUGAACUAGAACGCCGCGCUCAAAGUUGACUAGUUAGAUCAUUUGUGUUUAUUUAAUGAUGUAUUAGACGAGCGAUUGGAAUGUUUUCGUCUAUUUUAGUUGUUUUUGUAAUUGAACAAACACGGAAUAAAGUGCUGUUCGCAACACUGUAAUGCUCCUUAAGCUAUAGUAAUAAUUAUAAGCUGAUUUUUUUA